AGAUGAAUGGAGGAGUGGGAGAUUCUUGUAGUGCUGACGAAUGUUGAGGGACUUGACGUUUUCAGGUUAUGUUCUUGUGUUAUGUUUGAGAAUUGUAGUCUAGAAAUAUGUCUCAAUUUGUUGGUUGAGAUGUGAGAUCAGAAUGUAUAGCAAUACGUGGAAAUACUGUGCAGUUUUACUGUUCACUUUAAUCGCUUUGUGCGGUUAUAACCAGGCGUACGAUAUCGAUUGCAAUAAUUUAAGACUAGGACAAUAUAUUUGCCCACAUCCUGAAUAUGAUUUCGUUGAUCCGAAAACCCAACAGCCUAAAGGAUGCACUAGAGAGAACAAGGCGAAAGUCCUUUGCCAAGCUGCAGCAGAAUUAAUUUGCAAAGAAACUGGAAACAACACAUUCAAAAAAGAUAUACCCUGCAGAUGGACCAAUGGAUACUCGUUUGAAACAUCACUUCUGCUGUCUAUAUUUCUUGGAAUGUUUGGAGCAGAUAGAUUUUACCUUGGAUAUCCAGCGCUUGGUUUGCUGAAGCUUAGUACGCUAGGUUUUCUUUUUAUUGGUCAAUUUUUAGACGUCAUUUUGAUAGCUACUCAAGUUGUAGGACCAGCAGAUGGGUCUCAUUAUGUAAUGCCUUACUAUGGUGCAGGAAUUCAAGUUAUUAGGAGUAAUAAUUUCACUUACAAAUUGCCGCAAGAUGAUUGGUGAGAUAUAGAGGGUUGGAUCUGGGGUGCAUUUGUUACUUAACUGCACACUGAUAUGGAUAUUCCCAUUGAGAUAGAUAAUGUAAAUGAAUUCAGGCAGAAUUUUGUUUUUUGUCUUUUCAUGCGAAUAACUAAUACGUCAUGAAUACUCUCAUGGUAUUUUUACACAUAUUGUUCAAGCCGUUGUAACAAGGAUAACACUUCCAGAAAUGGAUAACAUUUAUGAUGGAUAAAAUGAAUUGUUUAGACUGAAAUCCGAUCCUAUUAUGUUGAUAAUCUGUUAUACUUAUUGUUUUAUUGCCAUCGAAUUACUACGAUGAUCACUUACAGGGAGUUAUGGAAUACAUUAGCAUAAUUUUUUUAUAUGAACAUUUGAACAGGUUUCUCGAUCCUUCAUUAAUAAGCGCGUAAAUUUAAUGCCUUGCCUUUGAUUAUUAUUAACACAAUUACUUUAUAUAUAGCAUAAUUGAUGUCGGCACAGCUUAUUUGAAAUAACUGAAUUUUAUACGCGUGAAACUAUUUUCAAGCACUCUGAUCUCAGCCCUCUAAUGUGAGUACUAACAAUUAAUAUUGUAGCGAAUUAAAACUUGUCUGAUAAGUUCAGGUUUAGACUGAAAUGUCUUUUUAUAAUGAUAUAUUAAUUGUUGCAUUCUGUUGAUAUACACUGAUCCCAUGUAAAUUGGAUAAUGUUAUACUUGUAUGCUAUAAAAUACAAACUUGGGCUGCAUUCGUUUUUGCGCAAAACAGUUAAAGUUGUAAUCGUUAAUGAUGAUAGUAAUUAAUGAUCGAUACUCGAUGAAUAACGCGAUACUAGAAAAAUUAUGUAAAUUACAUGUAUAUUAUAAGAUAAUCGAAUUAGAUGAUUGUAUUUGAGAUGUAAAUACAAAGGGUGUAAAUACUUAAAUGUAAUUAUCUCAUUCAUUUUAUAUGGAUAUUUAAUAAACCAUUUUAAUCAAAGCUUCAA